AUUUACCAUUGAUAUUUAACGUAACGUAAUGCGAUACGGAACACCUUGUGCGGAGGCUCUUACCAUCUACACCACGACAAUCGCAUGCCGCAUCGAUAGAAGGAGCGCUAGAGGAAUGUGCGCGGCGGAUACGGGAGCGCACAGCGCGCACGUCAAAGCGCGCGUCACGUGGACAGGCGCAUCGAGCUCGCGAACUCGCGAUUCGAAGGAAGCCCUGCAGCGCCGUAGCGGCGGUUUCGGGGCCGAACUCGGCCAUAUUUCCUCUCGUGGGUCCCGCUGGUAGAAGGGAGAAGGUGGUGCUGUUCCGGGCAUCGGAACUGCGAGACGUACUGUUCUUUCGAGAAGGAGAUGAGGAUCGCGUCUCGCGCGCGCGCGCCUCGUAACCGAUCAUCGUGCAGUGCAGUGUAGUGUAGUGCGGCGAGCUCAGACCCAAGCCGAACCGGACCAGAGGAUGUCCAAGGGAAGCGGCGCUCCGGCCGGCAGGCGGCCGUCGUCGCGCAACGCGAAACCCUACGACGCGAACAACUCAUUUGUAAGAAAAAUGGCAACCAAGGUAACAGAUUUUAUACCACAAUCAUCAUGGAUUAGUAAGUGGUUCAAUCCUCUGCAAGGUAAUGAGGAUGCAUUAGAUAAUAGAGAAAAUACUGAGGAAACGGAAGAUGAUAUACAACAACCUCCUAACAAGCGAUCACGUAUUUGUAUGGAUACUAUUCAUCCACCUGGCACAUUUUCUAUACAAACAAGAGCUAAAAGUGCAUUAAACACGAUUGAGCCUUCUAAGGAGCAAUAUCCUGUUCAUAAUGAGAGGGAAGAUUUUUCGGAACUCGCAACAGCUGGACCAAGUGGGAUAAGUCGUUUAAUAUCUUCGACUCCUGCAAUGCAAGCAGAUAUUAGGACUGUAACAUCUCACAAAUCUGACUUAAAUUUAGCUUCAUCAAUUAAUAAUGGAAUAAUAAAUGGAAUUGAUGAUAAUUCGGAGUCAAGUGAAAGUACCAGUGGAUGCAGUUCGCUUAUUCCACAAAUAAAUAGACAUGAAGGUCCAUCAAAUUUGUAUAAUUCAACAUUUCCCAGUAGAAGGAGACAUAUUGAUGAUAAAUUGACAUUUACUAAUCAUUUGCAAUCCCCAAGAUCCUUGUUUCUAGAUAGUAAUUCUCGUGAUACUUUAAGCAGUCGUAGACCAAGUUUUAAUGCAUCAGUUAUGACAAAUGUUCUAGACCGCGCAUCUCCUCUGUCUUCUCCUUUUUAUAGUGGUAAUAUCACUUUUGGGGGUGCAAAUGCGGCAGGUUUUUACAAACCAAAUCGUAAUCUUUUUAAUAAUUCAAGUGAGUUACAACUUAAAGUACCAAGGAGAACGAAUGUUGAAGUUAAACCUUCUAGUGCAGUAGAUGAUUCAUCGGGUAUGAGUCAAACGGCAAAGAAAAUAUUGGAAGCAUUAGAACAUUUUUCAUCACCUAUAUCUGAUGCAAAGAAAAUUCCAUUGAAAAACACAAAUAAUACUUUAUUUCCGGUAAUGAACAGAAAAAGAGCACGGGAAGAAGUAGCAAGCCCAUCUGCUAGGAUUGGCUUGCGUCAUUUGACGCGUGAAUUGACAGUACCAACCGUUCCUGAUAUAUUGAAAUUAAGAAGACGACAAAAAUUGCAAGAUACAACUCUUGCAGCUAGAAAAAUUGUUUCUUCUCGUAGUGAUCCACCUCCACCUCCACAGGAAUAUCGUUUAAGGAUGGAUGAUACCGAUAAUGAAAAGUAUCGUGGCAAACUGAAAGGCAAAUCUAAAAUAAAUCUAGAACAAGAAGAAACAGUGGCACCUUUAAAUUUGCCGAAUGUACCUCUGCCAAUAACAACAUUACCCAAUUUCAAUUUUACGCUACCAUUUCCUACUUUACAUUCUACAGAAAAAACUAUAGCAAAUAAAGAAAACACGUUUACAUUUGCUAGCCCAAUUAAAAUGCCAGAUGUUGAAAAAAAUUUGCAGUCUGUCAACAAUUACACUUUUAGUAACCCAAUUAAUGCUGAUGAUAGCACAAGUAAAACAAUUACUUCGAGCUUGUGUUCAAUAAUAGAGGAUGUUGGAUCUGCUUUUUCGUCUACCGAUGAUACAAUCACAUCUAUGCCUAAUUUUAUUUGGUCCGGUUCAUCUACAGCACCUAGAUUAAAAGCAAAAGUAAAAAACAGCAAGGAUGAUUUUGUCGAACCUUCAGUAAUGUACGAACAAAAAUCGGGAAGUGUUAUAAAUGUAUUAUGCUCUAAAUCUGACAAAAUAGAAUCUACUUUAAUUGAACAGUCAAACUCGAGAUCAACCGAAACAACAGACAAGAUAGCUAAUGCAUCUAUUAGUUCAGAUUUAGAUAUCAAGAGCACGCAUGAUGCCACAUUGUCUUGGGAGUGUAGUGAAUGUCUGAUCAAAAACAGUGGCACAGACAAACAGUGUACUGCAUGUAAGGUCGUUCGAUCAAAUCCUAAUGACAAAACUUCAUCAACGUGCUUAACAUCAACGAUAAAUACCGUCGUAAAAUCGAAACCGGUUCCAAACGAUUGCUUCGGCUCUCAAUUUAAAUUAUCUACAAACCAGUGGGAAUGUACAACAUGUUGUGUAAGAAACAAACAGAGUGAUGUUAAAUGUGUAGCAUGCUCUGCACUGAAACCAGGAAGUAAUGCAGAUGUUAUGCAGCAAACUAUCAAAUCUCAAAAUGAUCUAAUGGAGAAGUUUAAACCUGCUGAAGGAUCGUGGGAAUGUCAUGGUUGUUUAUUAAGAAAUGCCGCAAACGUUAUUACAUGUCCUUGUUGUAAUGCAUCCAAACCUACUUCCAUAAAGACCAAUCUGAAAAAGACAAAUACUGUUACAGAAUCGUCCUCGCAAAAGUCAACCGCUGCUAAUACAGAUAAUACAGCAAACACAUCACAGGAAAUAACAUCUAGUAAUUAUCAAAUAAUGAAUAAAUCAUCUAAAUUACCUACUCCCAUAAAAACAAGUCCAAAGAAGGCAGAUACUGUUGCAGAAUCAUCCUCACAGAAAUCUGGCACUGAUGAUAUAGACAACGUAGCAAUGCAAGGAACAACAUCGAGUAACGAAAUAAUGAAUAAAUUUAAACCAAGCAAAGAUUCAUGGGAGUGUUCAGGGUGCCUUGUACGAAACAACAAUUCUGUUACCACUUGUCCUUGCUGUAGCACUCCUAAACCUAAUUCUCUUGGCGAAUCGAGCAACACAAACCAGACAUCGACUAAUGGAUUUGGAGACAAAUUUAAAAAGCCGGAAGGUUCGUGGAAUUGCGAUACUUGCUUGAUACAAAAUGAUGCAAAUUCUACGCAAUGUGUGGCUUGCCAAGCUUUGAAGCCUGGUACUGUAAAGUCAAAUAAAUCUGCAUCAAGCGUUAGCUCUACUUUGCAGUUCAAGUUUGGCGUACCAUCUAACACAUCAAAUUUAGUUAAUCCAAGUAGCUUUAAUUUCGGCAUAGAUAAGGCUGAUAAUCAUAAUUCUGAUACUGCAUCUCCCUUAAAUGGGUUCAAAUUUGGUAAUACACAACAAGUAAUGCGUAACACUUCUACAAAUGCAACGACUACUUGUCUUCCAACUUUUGCUCAACCUACUUUCACAUUUUCCGAUUCGAAGGCAUUAUCUCAGUCAGCCACAAUACCAACUUUUGGCCAAGUUCCGACAUCGUCCGCCGCAUUAUCUACGAAUCUAUCAUUUGGAGAAAACAAAUCAGCUGAAAUAUCCACUCUGUCAUCUAAUAAAUCCACAAGUGAUACACCAGCUGCUACGCUCUUCCCAAUCGUGUCGAGUUCUACGUCGCUUUUCAACAAUAAUGAGUCGAAAACAACAAUGGCAUUCGGAACGAAUAAACCGGCGUUUACUACAACAGACAGCAGUAAACCAUCAGGAUUUUCCAUGCCUGAGAAAAUUCCAACAUUCGGCAGUAAUAUGCAAGAUAAUAAGCCAGCAAUCUUCGGGACGCCAGAAACGAAAUUACCCGUUGUAUUUAAUUCACCUGUGGUAAAUCCUCUACCGACCUUCGGCAUACCGUCCAGCAGCAGCGCUACUUCAUCGCUCUUUGGAUCAUCCAAUUCUACUGCUUUCGGGAACAAUACUACGCCCGCUUUCGAUGGCAUCGCAACGACACCUACUACUUUAUUCUCAUCUACCAAGCCUAGCGUCGAAACUAACCCAGUAUCGAAUUCUUCUUUAUUCAAGUUCGGAUCGACAUCAUCGCAACAAUCAGCGACAGGCAGCGGAUUUAACUUUUCUGCGAACGUUAAUUCGGCUGCGAAACCGCUCUUCACAUUUGGUAAUAAUUCAGCGCCGAGUAGUAACAAUAUGUUUGGUAGUGGUACUUUCGGAGCUAAUACCGCUUCAACAAAUACCAAUGCCAAUUUUGCAUUUAACACACCUAAACAAGAAACACCGGCGGCAUUCGGUCAAGGCGCGACAACAACUCCAAUGUUCGGUGCCCCGCAAGCAAAUCCACAGACUCAAGCAACAUCACCAUCGUUUUCGUCUACUCCUUUGUCCAAUACAGGAUUCAAUUUUGCAUCUGCAGCUCCAUCCGCUGCAGCGUCAGGAGGCUUUAACUUUGGAGGAAUGUCGUCUACAUCAACUGGAGGAUUCAAUUAUAAUCCUCCUACUACUACUCCCACCGUGGUUUUCGAUCCCAACAGUCGGCCUUCAUUCAACUUUACUAAAGGAAGCGUACCAACAGCAUUCAAUGCUCCACCCCAAUCGGCAGCACCGCAACGGAAAAUCAAAAAGGCAUUUCGAAGAUGCAUGCGGUAGAGAGCUCGUGAUAUAUAACGUUCACACACACAUACACAGGUGCGUCCCUAUAUCUAGCUGUAUAUCUGGGUGUGUCCCUGUAUGUAUGUUAAGCGUUAUACAAUAUGUAAAAUGAAAUUCUGUCAUGCAUCAAUCGAUCACAUCAGUGUGGUGGUAUAUACCAAGCAUCUUUUGUAAUAUAGUAACCCGAAGCUAACCCCCGAAUAUGCUUGCGUACAACCACUUGUGUUCUUUCUACAGAAAAAGAAAUGUAAAUUAUUUAAAUUAUACAGUAAUAAUGAAAAUAAUACCCUGGAGUUGGCAUGAAGCCAGUGAAAAUUGUGAUGCCAUUGCAUUACUAAGACCCUACCAAAAAAGAAAAAAAAUCAGACUUGGUCCGUAUGUACCAACAUACGUACUCAAUAACGUACAUAUUUACCGAAAUUGAAAAAUACCUCGAUAAAGAAAACUUAUAAUAAGCACUUAACAUGUGCAAUCGAAGAUUAAAAACUAGUGGGAGAUUGUCACCCGCUCAGGUAAGUAUAAGUCAGUCACAGCUCGUAGCACUAUUGUUUGUUUAAGCUUGAUACUAUACUUAUUUAGAAAAAAUAUAAAUUUAAAACCACAAAUAUAAAAUAAUUUUCUUAUUAAAUGUUGCACACAAUUCAGAGAGGACAGCUAAAUAUGUAUAGUUACAU